UUAGGGGGCCUUCUGUCAGGAAAAGAUUCUACCUAUGAUGCGUGGUGGAGUGUAGCUCAGAGCAUGAAUUGGGAAGAUGGUCCAGAUGGGAAGAAGUGCUUCAAUAUUGGGCUUAAGUUACAAUGACUUGCCGUAUCUGUUAAAACCAUGUUUUCUAUACAUCGCUGCGUUUCCAGAGGACUCCAUUAUCUCUGCUUCCAAAUUAAUGAGGUUGUGGGUCGCCGAAGGUUUCAUACCGGAAGAGCAGAGAAGGACAAUGGAAGAAACUGCUAGAGUUUGGUUGGAUAAUUUGGUCCAGAGGUGCAUGAUCCAGGUUGUCGAGAGAAGCAAGGCUGGCGGGCGGGUUAAGAGCAUACGCAUCCAUGAUCUGUUACGAGAAUUUGGCCAAUUGGAAGCCAGAAGGGAUGGAUUUCUUCAAAUUUGCAGCAGUGACAACAUGGCAGUAUCUAUAUGGAGUCAUCGUGCGGCUUUCCACAAUCGUAUAAAUGACGAGGUUGCUGUUUCCUCACCACAUCUCCGCACUCUGCUGGGCUUCAAUUUGAUUUUGACUAAUGGGAGAAGAUUUUUGAAUGGGUUAAACUUAUUAAGGGUGCUGGAUCUCGAGGGCACAAGAGAUCUUAAGGAGUUACCGAAAUAGAUCGGCAGCAUGAUUCAUUUACGAUAUCUGGGAUUGAGAAACACUAGUUUGAAGAGACUACCAUCCUCCAUCCGACAUCUCCUGAAUCUGCAGACUCUGGAUGUGAGUGGUACAUACAUUUAUUAGCUUCCGAAAUCAUUUUGGAAAAUCCGGACACUGAGGCACGUAUAUAUUAAUCUACACAUGUUUCUAAGCGCACCGAUAGGUGGUGAUCACAAAAACUUGCAGACUCUGCAAAUCGAGGAGUCUGAAUUUGGUCUGGAUGCUAUGGAUAUUGUCCGUUUACGAGGCAUAA